AUGGCGGUGUCGGUGGCAGCUGCAGCCGGGCGACUUCGGCGGGCCAUUCGAAGGUCGCCGCAAUGGCGGGGCCCCAGCCGUCGGGCGCUCUCAUCCGAGGCCCCUCCAAUCCAGGCCGCGGCCGUGCGGGACGCCUUCCUGAGCUUCUUUCGGGACCGCCAUGGCCACCGCCUGGUGCCGUCCGCUUCCGUGAGGCCCCGCGGCGACCCCAGCUUGCUUUUCGUCAACGCGGGCAUGAACCAGUUCAAGCCAAUCUUCCUGGGCACUGUGGAUCCACGAAGCGAGAUGGCAGGCUUCCAACGUGUGGCCAACAGCCAGAAAUGUGUGAGGGCUGGAGGACGCCACAGCGACCUGGAGGAUGUGGGCCGAGACCUUUCCCAUCAUACCUUCUUUGAAAUGCUCGGCAAUUGGGCCUUUCGGGGAGUAUAUUUUAAGGAGGAGGCUUGCAGCAUGGCCUGGGAACUGCUGACUCAGGUCUAUGGGAUCCCUGAGGACAGGCUCUGGGUCUCCUACUUUGGUGGUGACUCCAAGGCUGGGCUGGGCCCGGACCUGGAGAGCAGGGACAUCUGGCUCAACUUAGGGGUGCCUGCCAGCCGCAUGCUCUCCUUUGGACCACAGGAGAACUUCUGGGAGAUGGGGGAUACUGGCCCUUGUGGGCCCUGUACUGAGAUCCACUAUGACCUGGCUGGUGGGGUGGGAGCCCCCCAGCUGGUGGAGCUUUGGAAUCUGGUCUUCAUGCAGCACAACAGAGAGGCAGAUGGAAGCCUGCAGCCCCUGCCCCAGCGGCACGUGGACACAGGAAUGGGCCUGGAAAGGCUGCUGGCUGUGUUGCAAGGCAGACGCUCCACCUACGAUACCGACCUCUUUUCCCCACUGCUAAAUGCCAUACACCAGGGUUGCGGGGCACCCCCUUACUCGGGCCGGGUCGGGGCAGCAGACGAGGGGCACACAGACACGGCGUACCGUGUGGUGGCUGACCACAUCCGCACGCUCAGCAUCUGCAUCGCCGAUGGCGUCGCUCCUGGGAUGUCUGGUGCACCGCUGGUACUUCGUCGGAUCCUCCGUCGAGCCGUGCGGUUCUCUACAGAGUUGUUGCGGGCACCACCUGGCUUUCUGGGCAGCCUGGUGCCUGUAGUGGUGGAGACGCUGAUCCUUCCCCCGUCCAUCAGCCUCUCUGAGUCUCCACGGCAGGUGUCCCCAGGGAGGCCCAGGGUGGAGGUGCAGAGUGGGCUGGUUGCUUUUGACACCUCCUCAGCCCUGUCCGCCGCCUCCAGGGAGGUGCUUAUCCAGAACUGCAGAGGAACUCAGCCCAGGUACUGGAUUUGGAUGGGGGAGGGAGGGGCUCCCUCUCGGGAGACCCAGCUCCAGCCCUGCCCUGCCCCCAUUCAGAUAGCCAGCCUGGUGUCAGAGGAUGAGGCGGCCUUCCUGGCCUCCCUGCAGCGGGGUCGGCGGAUCAUCGAGCGGACCCUGAGGCGCCUGGGGCCUUCCGAUGUGUUCCCUGCCGAAGUGGCCUGGUCCUUGUCACUGUCUGGGAACCUGGGGCUCCCCCUGGACCUGGUGGAACUGAUGCUGGAGGAGAAAGGGGUGCAGCUGGACUCUGCUGGACUGGAGCGGCUGGCUCAGGAGGAGGCGCAGCACCGGGCACGGCAGGCCGAGCCAGUUCAGGAGCAGGGACUGCGGCUUGACGUCCAUGCGCUGGGGGAGCUACAGCGCCAAGGGGUGCCCCCAACCGACGACAGCCCCAAGUACAACUACUCCCUGCGACCCAGUGGCGGUUAUGAGUUCGGCACCUGUGAGGCCCAGGUGCUCCAGCUGUAUACAGAGGACGGAACAGCCGUGGCCUCCGUGGGGGAAGGCCAGCGCUGUGGCCUCCUCCUGGACAAAACCAACUUCUACGCCGAGCAGGGAGGUCAGGCUUCCGACCGAGGCUACCUGGUGCGGGUGGGAUUGCAGGACGUGCUGUUCCCAGUGGCCCGGGCCCAGGUCUGCGGAGGCUUCAUCCUGCAUGAGGUGGCGGCCCCUGAGUGCCUAAAGGUGGGGGACCAGGUACAGCUGCACGUGGAUGAGGCCUGGCGUCUGAGCUGCAUGGAGAAGCACACAGCCGUCCACCUACUAAACUGGGCACUGCGGCAGACCCUGGGCCCUGGCACAGAGCAGCGAGGGUCCCAUCUCAAUCCUGAGUGGCUGCGCUUCGACGUGGCCACGCAGGCCCCAUUGACCCCAGAGCAGCUCCGGGCAGUGGAGGGCACUGUGCAGAAGGCCGUGGGGCAGGAUGAGGCCGUGUACGUGGAGGAGGUGGCCCUGGCACGCACUGCCCGUGUCCCCGGCCUGCGCUCUCUGGAUGAGGUGCACUGGGGGAGCCCACGGGGUGGAGGUUGCCUGCCCGGCCCCCCACCCUCCCCUCCCCUCAGGCCCCUUAACAGACCUGUGCCCUCUCACUGUCAGGUAUACCCAGACCCUGUGCGGGUGGUGUCUGUGGGUGUGCCUGUGGCCCAGGCGCUGAACCCAGCCUCCCAGGCUGCACUGCAGACUUCUGUGGAGCUGUGCUGUGGGACGCACCUGCUACGCACAGGGGCUCUAGGGGACCUGGUCAUCAUCGGGGAGCGCCAGCUCGCCAAGGGCACCACCCGCCUGCUGGCCAUCACUGGGGAGCAGGCCCAGCAGGCCCGAGAGGUGGGCCAGAGCCUGGCCCAGGAGGUAGAAGCAGCCGCAGCACGGCUGAGUCAGGGCAGCCGGGAUGUGGUAGAGGCUCAGCGGCUGUCCAAGGACAUGGGACGACUCACUGAUGCCGUGGACACUGCCGUGAUGCCCCAGUGGCAGCGGCGGGAGCUUCAGGCCACACUGAAGGCGCUACGGCGGCGUGCCAACACUGCCGUCCGGAAACUGGAAAUGGGGCAGGCUGCACAGAAAACCCAGGAGCUGCUACAGCGGCACUCGGAGGGGCCCCUAAUUGUGGACACAGUUUACGCUGAGUCCCUCUCAGUGCUGGUGAAGGUGGUCCGGCAGCUGUGUAAGCAGGCGCCCAGCACGUCCGUGCUGCUACUCAGCCCCCAGCCUCUGGGGCAGGUGCUGUGUGCCUGUCAGGUGGCCCAGAGUGCCACGCCGGCCUUCACCGCAGAGGCCUGGGCGCUGGCCGUGUGCAGCCACAUGGGGGGCAAGGCCUGGGGCUCUCGAGUGGUGGCCCAGGGCACUGGAAGCACUGCUGACCUGGACGCUGCCCUCAGUACAGCCCGAGCCUAUGCCCUCAACAAGCUCUGAUCCAGGCUCACUCAGGGACUCACAGAGACUAAAGAGACAACAGACAGGCCAGUGCCUGGAGCCCUGAAGGAGCGAGCAGAACCUCCCCGGAAGCUAAGCAGAGGACUAGAGGCUGGAGGCCAAGCAGCUGAGCCGAAGAGGACCGCCCUGGGCUGGGCUCUGAGUGGACACAAGAAGAUGUGGGCUGGGGAAGGCAGAAGUGGGCCUGGUAAAAGGCCCCCGCUAGUUGAAUGUGAAGACAUGGCUGUCCUGUCUGUGAUUGUUUAUUAAAAAGUAUUUCACAGAG